GAAAAAGAAUACAUUGCUGACUGACUUUUGACCCCCCCCCCAGUUCGUGGGAUAGAGUCAUGGUGAAAUCAUGCUGUGCAAUAAACUGCAAUAACAAAUUUUCACUGGGCAAUAAUAUCUCCUUUCACAGGUUUCCUCUUGGAAAAAAAGACGUCUUAAAAAAAUGGGUCUGGAACAUUCGGCGGAAGAAUUUCACUCCCACACGUCACCAUGUGCUCUGCUCAGAACAUUUUUGCGAGGCCGAUUACCUAGAAAAUGUGGCUUCCGGUCGGCGAUACCUCAAGCCAGAAGCGAUUCCGACGGUUUUUAAUAUACCUGAGCGACAGAGGAAGGGCGCUAAAAGAAGGCGGCCGCUUCUCCGCCGUAAGCCCCCCGACCCUCCACCGAGGAAUCUGUUAAAAGUGGAAAGUAGUGCCAACGCGCCCUUGCCCGGGAGUAGCGUGGUGGGUCUGGAGCAUUCCUACUCUCUUCCCGCCAGCCCAGCCCCGGACCCUCCGCUGGCAUCCAUCCAGGAGCAAGACCUAGCGAAAUCAGCCACAGGAAGCUCUCCCAUGCUCCAGACCAGGCCUUGGCGAGAGUGCCGGGACAGAACCAGGCAAAACGCCCAGGAGGAGCCGCUGAUCAACUCUGAGUCGGAACGCCGGCGUUUCCGUGACUUCCGCUACCAGGAGAAUGAAGGGCCCCGUAAAGUUUGUAGGCAUCUCUGGCAUCUCUGCCACCAGUGGUUGAAACCCGGGAGAUACACGAAGCUGCAGAUCCUGGAGCUGGUGAUCUUGGAGCAGUUCCUGGCCCUCCUGCCUCAGGAGAUGCAGGAGAGCGUCAAGGAACAGGGGCCCUCAACCUGCAACCAGGCUAUCUCUCUGGCAGAGGAUUUUCUAGAGAACCAGCCAUGGGGGGAGGUGAAUCGGCUGCUCAAAGGGCAAACCUCUAAUUUCCCAGCGUCAAAGGAAGCUCCGUCGGAAAGCCAGCAGAUGGAAAAGUUCAGGAAAAUCACGAGAAAAGAGAGAAAAGCUCCUUUUUCAGAAGACAGGACGGCAAAAGAGACCAUUGAAAAGGAAGACGCUUCCAAGAAGAUCGUGUCCUCUGAGGUUGCCGUGAUUGAAAUGAUUCCAGACAGGGAUGAGUUGCAGAGUGAUCAAGAUGGGGAGCCAGGCAGGACACCCUGCGGAGAGAACGGCAGGACGGACGCAGAAGAGCGUUCCGAAGAUCCAGAUGAUGCCAAGGUCCAAGAACUGGAAGAAACAGCCGAGGAAGGAAAAGACGCAGCAGCAAACCAUGAUCAAUCACAAGAAAAAGAAGCCCACCUUCAGUUGGAAAAGUCUACCCAGGAAGAAGCAGCAACUUUGGGAAAAGUUGGAGGAGACACUCUGCAAGAUGGGACUCUGCAAAAGACCUUGGAGGAUGACAGUAGAACAGAUCAUGGCUCGGUAUCUCUCCCAGGCAAGAAAGCCAAAGCGAAUCCAUACAAAUGCGUGCAGUGUGGAGAAAGCUUUUACAAGUGGUCCCAGCUGAUAAUCCACGAGAGGGGUCACACCCGCGAGAAACUCUACAGCUGUCCCCAGUGUGACCAGAAUUUUUCUUCCCGCCAUGCCCUUCUCAGCCACGAGGCAAGCCAUGUGAGUGAGAAACCAUACCAGUGCUCCGACUGCGGGAAAACCUUCCGUGAGAAAGCCUACGUUCUCCAACACAAGAGGAUCCAUACCGGGGAGAGGCCGUACACUUGCUCCGAAUGCGGGAAAAGCUUCUUCCGCAAGGGGUCCCUGAUCCUGCACGAGAGAAUCCACACCGGGGAGAAGCUGUACAGGUGUCCAGACUGUGGGAAGAGCUUCAACCGUAAGCCGCACCUUGCUGUCCAUCGGAGGAUCCACACGGGGGAAAAGCCGUACGAGUGCUCUGAUUGCGGGAAGACCUUCACCGUGAAAUCGGCUCUCAAUGUACACAUGAGAACUCAUUCGGAAGAGAAGCCGUACCAGUGCCCCGACUGUGGGAAAAGUUUCCGUGAGAAAGGAACGCUCAACAUCCACAAACAGAGCCACACGGCGGAGAAGCCUUACCAGUGUGCCGAAUGCGGGAAAUGCUUCAGUUACACCGCGUCAUUUCGGAGGCACAAGAAAACCCACUCAGCCGGAUCAGCUCUCAAAUCCUACGAGUGCCCUGAAUGCGGGAAAAGCUUUGGCCGUAAGGAUUACUUGAUCACGCACCGGAGAAUCCACACGGGUGAGAAACCUUACAUGUGUUCCAUAUGUGGGAAGAGCUUCAAUCACGGAGCAACUCUCGUUACACAUAAGAGGACCCACACGGGGGAGAAGCCUUACGAGUGCUCUGAAUGCGAGAAGAGCUUCAAACAGAUUUCUGGCCUAAUUACGCACCGGAGGAUGCACACGGGCGAGAAACCCUACGAAUGCCCUGACUGCGGGAAACGCUUCAUCCUGAAAGCAUACCUUGAUGUACACAAGAGAAUUCAUACAGGAGAACGGCCGUAUCAGUGCUCCCAUUGCGGGAAGGGGUUCUCCUGCUCCUCUUACCUUUUAAGGCACGAGAAAACCCACACGGGGGAACGCUCCCACACCUGCUCGGACUGUGGCCAAAGCUUCUACUGGAAACGCUCCCUGAUCAUGCACAUGAGGAAGCACACGGGGGAGCAGACUCUGCACGAGUGCAAAAUCUGUGGCAAAGGCUUCAGUUGGACAUCCGCUUUGAACAUCCACAUGAGGACCCACACGGGGGAGAAACCUUACAUGUGCUCAGAGUGUGGGAAAACCUUCAGCGGGAAAUGGAUCCUCAUCCAACACAAGAGGAUCCAUACGGGCGAGAGACCCUACAAAUGUCCCGAGUGCGGGAAGAGCUUCCACGCAAAGUCCUCACUCUUUGCCCACAAGCGGACCCACACCGGAGAGAAGCCGCAUGAGUGCACCGAGUGCGGGAAAAGCUACAGCGUGAAGGCCAACUUUGUGGCGCAUAUGAGGACCCACACAGGGGAGAAGCCCUACGAGUGUUCGGACUGCGGGAAAAGCUUCUACAAGAAAGACCGCCUCAUGACGCACAAGAGGACCCACACAGGAGAGAAGCCCUACCAGUGCUCCGAGUGCGGGAAAGGGUUCAACUGGAAGGUGGGCCUGAUCAACCACACCAGAAUCCACACCGGCGAGAAACCGUACUCCUGUGCCGAGUGCGGAAAAUGCUUCCACAAAAAGGACCACCUGGCUCGCCACGAGAUCAUCCACACGGGAGAGAAGCCCUACACCUGCUUCGACUGCGGGAAGAGCUUUAACCAGAAGGUUGCCCUGAUUGUGCACAAGCGGACUCAUACGGGAGAGAAACCCUACAAAUGCUCCGAGUGCGGGAAGAGCUUCAGCUGGAAGAGAUCCCUCCUCACCCAUCGGGCGGCUCACCUGGGGAAGAAGCCCUAUCAGUGUUCCGAAUGUACGGAGAGCUUCAGCCAGCGAUCUCUUCUCGCAGAGCACGAAAGGACCCACGCAGAGCUUGUCGUCGGGCCGCCGGAACUCUCCAUGGAAGAAAUCACCACUGCUGUGAUGAGCCUGGACUGCAAUACAAUUAUUUUGACCACGGCCGUAUAGCAACAAAUUGUCAAAAAGGAUCCUGGACUCAUCCAACUUACCAAACCGAACAGAAAACUCUUCAAAUAAGCUCUUCCAAAUGUUUUCUUUCAAGAAACUCAUC